AUGGAGCUCAUCACCAGUACUGAUGUGGUCCGGAAUCUUUGCAAAAAGAUGGCCCCUCCUCUUGUGACAUUACUCUCAGCAGAACCUGAGAUACAAUAUGUUGCCCUGCGAAAUAUCAAUCUUAUUGUACAAAGAAGACCGACAAUUCUUGCACAUGAAAUUAAGGUGUUCUUCUGCAAAUACAAUGAUCCUAUCUAUGUGAAAAUGGAGAAAUUAGAAAUUAUGAUAAAGCUUGCUUCAGACCGAAAUAUAGACCAGGUUUUAUUGGAAUUUAAGGAAUAUGCUACUGAAGUUGACGUAGAUUUUGUUAGAAAGGCUGUUCGUGCUAUUGGUCGUUGUGCCAUCAAAUUAGAGAGAGCAGCUGAAAGAUGCAUUAGUGUAUUGCUUGAGUUGAUCAAGAUAAAAGUAAAUUAUGUGGUUCAAGAGGCAAUCAUUGUUAUCAAAGACAUAUUUAGACGAUACCCCAACACAUAUGAGUCCAUAAUUGCAACUCUUUGUGAGAGCUUAGACACCUUGGAUGAGCCCGAAGCCAAGGCAUCAAUGAUUUGGAUAAUUGGUGAAUAUGCGGAAAGAAUUGACAAUGCUGACGAGCUUCUUGAAAGUUUCUUGGAAAGUUUCCCUGAAGAACCUGCACUUGUCCAACUACAAUUGCUGACUGCUACUGUCAAACUUUUCCUUAAGAAGCCAACUGAGGGCCCACAACAGAUGAUUCAGGUUGUUUUGAACAAUGCCACUAUGGAGACAGAUAAUCCUGAUUUGCGAGACCUUAAAACGUAUGGAGGCGCUGAGAAGGUGAAAGAGGUGAGGUUACAAACUCACAAAAGAACAUAUGAAAUUCUUCAGAUGGAAGAAAGUGAAAGUAUAACUGAUUUUUUCACCAAGCUUGCGAAACUGGUGAAUCAAAUAAAGGAAGAGCUUCUAGGGACACUUGAAUCUUAUGAACAAAGAAUGAAUAAAAGAGCUGCAAGCAAGUUGAAGAGUGAUGUGGUUUUGCAUGCACAAUCAGUAAGAGAAAAGAAAGGCAAAGGAAAAUGGUUCGACUACAAAAGUAGAGGAGGCUACAAUAAUUCGACUGGUAGAGGAAACCAACAAGAAGGAAGUUCGUAG